UAACUGUCAACUGUGACGUCGCAUCUACGUUCUAUGAGUUUUUCUCUUUUUAACUCAUUUUUUAUUUAAAAAAAGAUAAUAAUUAUUAAUAUUUGAGGCGCUAAUUACUGUAAAUAUUUUGUUUGUUUUCAUUCCCUUAGUUUUAAAAAUGGCUAAGAAGAAGGCAGCAGGUACACCUUGUAUUUGUUCAGUCUGUGGUAAAAAAUGUAACAAUAAAUAUAACUUGAAUCUUCAUGAAUUAUCUCAUUCUCGUGGUACGGAAUUUCCAUGCAGUGUUUGUAACAAAGUGUUUAAUUCCAGCCAAAAACUAAGAAGACACCAAAUUAUCCACACCGAAAUCAAAGAGUUUCAAUGCGAGACUUGCAAAAAAUUAUUUAAAAGAAUUUGUUCGCUGAGAUUGCACUCAUUAACGCAUUCUGAAGGAAGAACGAGAAAACACAUUUGCACUGUUUGCAAUAAGGGUUUUUAUGACAACCAGUCAUUGCAAAAUCAUUUGCGUAAUCCCUACGUUCAUUAUGUAUUGUGCAGAAUAUGCAGUGAGCGCUUUCCUAAUCAGGAAGCUCUAGAUGAACAUGUUGCUUCUCAUCCCGAGAAACCUUUUGCCUGUCAAAUAUGUUACCGCACAUUUGCUAAAAGAGAACAUCUUGCUCAGCAUAGAUUUAGACAUAGUAAAGGAAACUCUCAUGUUUGUGGAGUUUGUAAACAAAGCUUUUAUAGUAAAGGCAAUCUUAUUCUUCAUUCUCUUACACAUAACAAUGAAAGUGAUUCUACUAUUACGGCAAAAGAAAAUAACACAUCUACUGCAGAAAAUGCAGACGAUUCUUCUUUUGUAGAAAAUGGUAUAAAUUCUGCAGUUGUAGAAGAAUCUGAAAAUGAAUUGCCUGUAAAAGAUUCUUGUGUAGAAGUGACAAGUGAAAAUGAUUCAUCUGUUGCAAAAGAGUUGCGUGAAAGUGAAUCUUUUAUUGUUGCUGAAGAGAAAAGUGAAAAUGAGUCUACUAAUGUGGAAAUGAAAUAUGUUAUUCUUAUUGAUAGUUAGUUUAUAAUAUAUGUAAUUUAUAUCUACGUCUAUGAGAAUCAUUCUUUCUUUAAAAAUUGUUUCUCAUACCUUUCAUUAAAAAAAUAUAUACUACAGUUAUAUUGUACAAUUGGUAGUAUUUGGUGAAGAAAAAUUUAAAUUCAAAUAAUAUGACUAAUUUUCAUAUUUAAUAUUACAAUUAUACUAAAUAUUCAUUUCAACUUUUUUCAUUUAUUUGUAUAAAAUUAUAAGGUUUUAUUUAAAAUGCAUGUUGACUAAACUGUGUCAAAAUUAAUCUCUACAUAUUGCUUCAUAUGUAUUCUAUUUAUCUUUAAAUAAAAGUUCAAAGGUUGCUCAGAAAUGUA